UUUCGCGAGGGCUGUGCCCAGCAGAAGAGUAGUGCUUUUAGUGACAGCGACUAGAUAACAAAACAGAGUAAAAUUUACUUUUUCAUGUAAUUGCUGACGUUGCCAAUUCCGAAUCGUGUUCCAGUACAAAACUAUAUUUACGUUUGUCACCUGAGAACCCAUUUGUGACAGUGGAACAAUUCCUGGUCCUGGAUGUGAGAAAUGAGAGAGAGAAUGAAACGUCAAAUUUUUGCCACGAUCGUAUUUUUUCCAAGAUCGAAUACGUUUGUUUACUACAUUCCUUGAUUUCAACUUGAUCAUGGCCAUGAUUUGGUAGCUCUCAUAUCGUCCGAAGUAAUACUUUAACAGAGACCAGUAUUUAAGGUUCUAUGAUGAAUGCUCUCUCUGGAUAUCUGCCUUUGGCCCAGGACAAACGCCAGGUGUCCUGGUUGAGAAUACCCUUUGGAAAGCUGGCAUGGGUAACAGUCAGCCUACCUCUCUUUUCUUUCAUAUUUUGUGUGAUUUGGUCUGUGUUCUUCAACUUUGAGAAAGCAACUUUUACUCAUUGUAAGGUUGACAAUUAUUUGCCUUCUAUUUCUGCUGCAAUUGGCAAUUUUAGCCCUCAAAGAGAUGUUUGGAGAACAGCGAUUGGCACUCAUGCACUUCCACGGUUAUUGGUUGCCUCAAAAUAUUACAGCUUCUACAGAGCAGUCUUAUAUAAAUGGGCUCACUUUUUGGCGGCGGCUGCUUGCUGGCUGACAGUUAUUGAGAAUCUAGCUCUUGUUGGUCUUACUUUUGUUUCAUCAAGUGACAACUACCCUGCCCAUGAGAAACUCUUCAUAAUAUUUCUAAUUUCUUCCGAGCUUUACAUGGUGCUCACAUGUGUACUGGUCUCUCGUACAAGAUCAAUGCCUCCUGAUGAAUUGGAUAAGAAGUCUCUUAAAGUGAAGUGGAGACUCUUAACUUUAAACAUUUCAUUUUCUCUCUUGGCAGUAUAUUUUUUUAUGAGGCACAACAGCUAUUGCGAACCAGGAGUUUACACACUCUUUGCUCUUUCCGAGUAUGUGGUUGUCCUCACUAACAUGGCAUUCCACAUGACAGCAUACUGGGAUUUCAAUGGCUGCAUACUUCUUGUCGGCCCUCGGGGCAUUCAUCUCAGAUGACGAGCACUACAAGUAGGGGAU